CGACAUCAUGUGAAAUCAUUUCACGCAAUUACGCUAUUUUCCCAGGAUAUUCAUAGGGUAAACUCCCAAUCUCCUACAUGUAAAAGAAACUCUCUCUGUGCGUAAUGAUUUCUGCAAUGCUUUCCAUUGUCCAGGGUGCCAUAUUUUUUCAGAGGCCAGGCGUUCCCCUUGCCCAUUCAAUUUGAGUUGCUCACACCACCUGCGUGUGCCAUGCUGAGCCCUGGGCACCCUGGUACUUGCUUUAGACUAGGUUUCACCUUCCAAAAAGAGCAUCUUCCCACUCCGACCCACAGCACCUAUCUCUGAAAUGGAAAGUGGUGCACUGUCUCCUGUCUGGUUUUGGCAUUCCCCUGGCAACCCUGUCCUCCCGAUUUGGGAAUAUAAUGCGCUCCCAUGAUUUGGUGCCUCACAAGUAGGGUUUGCUGGAAGGUGAACAAAGAAGGCCGUGGCAUGAAAGGGCCACUGGGUGUUUCUGACAGCUAGAAAAUAAAAGACCAAAGGCUCAGCAUGGCUCUGGGUUGGCAUGGAGGUUGGUUGGAAAGGAUGGUUAGACAAAAUGGCUCAUGGUCACAAAGGCAGCUGAAAUCAGAAGAUGAGGCAUCCCCAUUUGGACCAGGUCUACAAAAGCUCAUGCUACAACUUCUUUGGCUCAGUUUAGUCUUGAAGGUGCUACAAGAUCCUUUGCGGUCUCUUUAUUAUCAGCAAACUAUGCCCAGUUUGGACUGCAAAUGUGCCAUUUAAAAAUAAAAGAAGGUCAUUCUAGUUUCUGGCUUUUUAGUGCCAUGAAUUUAGAUGAGGAUGCAAAAUGGCUGGAGUGGGUGGCCCAGCAGUUCGAAAGUAUCGCCGGCGACGAUCAAGAGAUCGAUUUGGAAGAGUUCAAAAUGGCUCUCAAGGUGAAGGAGCCGUUUUUUGCCGAGCGGUUCUUUGCUUUGUUCGACUCGGACGGAAGCGGCACCAUCACUCUGGAUGAGCUCCUGGAGGCCUUGAAGUUGCUGGUCCACGGGAGCAAAAUGGACAAACUCCGGUUCCUCUUCCAGGUUUACGAUGUGGACGGCAAUGGGUCUAUUGAGCCUGAGGAGCUGCGCACAGUCUUGAGAUCAUGCCUGAAAGAGAGUUCGAUAUCUUUGCCGGAGAAGAAGCUGGAUGACCUGACGGCUGCCCUCUUUGAGUCGGCCGACUCCGACCACAGCGGAGCCAUUACUUUUGAGGAGCUCCAAGCAGAGCUGGAGCAUUUCCCAGAAGUCAUGGAGAACCUAACCAUCAGUGCUGCCAGCUGGCUAAAGCCCCCCACGGUGCCACGGAAGAGUCGCCCGCCUCCUCACUACCUGAGUCCUGCCUAUUGGCACAACAAUGGAAGCAAGCUGCUUUUCCUGGGCAGCUACCUGUGUGUGAAUAUCCUCUUGUUCGCUUUUGCGGCGCUGAAGCACGUCGGAUCCGGCAUCUGGAUCAUGCUGGCCAAAGGCUGCGGGCAAUGCCUGAACCUCAAUUGCACGUUCCUCGUGGUGCUGAUGUUACGCCGGUGCCUGACCUGGCUGCGGUCCACCUGGGCGGCCGGAGUCCUGCCUCUGGACCAGAACGUCCUUCUCCACCAGCUGACCGGCUGGGCAGUGGCGGCUCUCACCGUGGUCCACACCGGGGCACACCUGGCCAACUUUGUGAGAAUGUCCCAGACCAACAGCACCCACCAUUUCUGGGAAUAUCUCCUCACCACCCGCCCCAAGAUUGGCUGGGUCUAUGGGUCGGCCUCCCUCACAGGACUGGCGCUACAGCUCCUCGUCGGCCUCAUCCUCGUCUGCUCCAGCACCUUGGUCCGCAAGAGCGGCCAUUUCGAGGUCUUCUACUGGACCCACCUUUCUUACAUCUUCAUCUGGGCUUUGUUAAUAGUCCAUGGUCCGAAUUUCUGGAAGUGGUUUGUGGUGCCUGGGUUUCUGUUCCUCUUAGAGAAGAUCCUUGGGUUGGCCUUGUCUCACACCGGAGGGCUGUCCAUCGUGGAAGUCAACCUCUUGCCCUCAAAGGUGACUCACCUGGUGAUUCAGAGGCCUCCCUUUUUCCACUACAAGCCUGGCGACUAUGUGUAUCUAAACAUCCCUGCCAUAGCCAAAUACGAGUGGCAUCCCUUCACCAUCAGCAGCGCUCCGGAGCAAAGAGAGACCCUCUGGCUCCACAUUCGCUCCUUGGGACAGUGGACCAACAGGUUAUACGAAUACUUUUGGCGUUAUGAUGAAUUUCAGGACCAUCUUCCUGACGGAAACCAGCAGAAUGAAAACAGCUCCAAGAAAUGGAUGAAGAGAUACCUGUUGGGUUCCUCUGACCUGGAGCCUCCUGUGGCCACCAGCCAGGAUGAAAUGGUGCAGAUCUUAUCAUACGCUCCCAUCUGCGAUCCCAGCGGCAAGCGUGCAAGUGAGCGUGAAAAGGUUUCUGGAAGGGCUUUGGAGAACCAGAGACUCUGCAACGUCAAGUGUUAUAUUGACGGUCCUUAUGGGACCCCGACACGGAGGAUCUUCACUUCGGAGCACGCGGUGCUGAUCGGCGCAGGGAUCGGCGUCACCCCUUUCGCCUCCAUUUUGCAAAGCGUCAUGUUCAGAUACCAGAUGCGAAAGCAAACUUCCUUCAGCCAGGAUCUGACAUUAAGUGAUAAGCUUAAAAACGAGAACAUGAGACUUCAGAAGGUCGACUUUGUCUGGAUUAAUCGAGACCAAAAGUCCUUUGAGUGGUUUGUAAGCCUCCUGACCCAUCUGGAACUCAGCCAGUCCAAGGAAGACCCCAGCAACCGCUUCCUGGAGAUGCACCUCUACAUGACUGCGGCCCUCAGCAAGAACGACAUGAAGGCCAUCGGCUUGCAAAUGGCCCUGGACUUGCUUGCGGAAAAGGAGAAGAAGGACUCCAUCACUGGCCUCCAGACAAGGACCCAGCCGGGACGCCCGGAUUGGAACAAGCUUUUCCAGAAACUGGCCGGAGAGAAGAAAGGGAAGGUCCAUGUCUUCUUCUGCGGCUCUCCGGCUCUGGCCAAAGUCAUCAAGGCUCACUGCGAACAGUUUGGCUUCAGGUUCUUCAAAGAGAACUUCUGAGGGCCGUGUUCCUCAACACCUCUAUCUUUCUGGACCCAAACUUAGCUGCAAAGAUGUUAGGGUUGGGAAGCCUUGCUGUCUCCAUCUGUCCUUCUUUUGGGCCAUCCAUGGGAUCCUCUUCUCCAGCACCACAUCCCAAAUGAGUUUAUUUUCUUCCUAUACACUUUCUUCGCUGUCCAGUUCUUGCAUCCGAACGUGGCGAUGGGGAAUGCAGCGACUUGGACAAUCCCCACUUUAGCACUCAGAGUUAUGUCUUCACACUUUAGGAUCUUCCCAAUCUUAGUCCCACAUUUAUACUGUAAUUAAAAUGUUUUACCAGCAGAGGGUAGUAAUGCCUCAGCAUCUGAAAGGUUGGCCUGCCUGGCAUCAACAAGAGCCAGGAAAGGACAGUAUUUCUGCAACGCUGGACCAUUUUCUGGCAAUUCCUGGCUUCCAGACACUGGCUGGAAUUGAGUGCCAAAGCACAAGAGAUGCACCUCAACUCUGCACAUUUGCAAGAGAAAUAUUGCAAGAGAAAUGCUGGGGAGAUGGAGAAAAAACAUCUCUUCUUUGCAAGAGAAAUAUUGGGGAGACGGGAAAUGCUGGCUUGCCUUUGCUCAGUGUUUUUUCUUUAAAAAUUAAGAUAAUCUAUCUGUAACAUUUAAGCACAGAGGAGGCCAAAUUUGGGGAAGGAAUAGAGGAGAGCCAGGUUUCCUUGGUCCAGCUGAGAUUGCCUCUUUCCUUACCAAUGGCCCAUGACUGAGGGACCCUUGGCAGCCCUGCACAAAUGCUCCAGAGAAACCAUAUUUCCCCAGAGGUUUUAUACCUCUCUCGCUCAUUAUUUUUUUAAUUAUAGUCUCUUGCAAUUGAUGUUUUUGGGGUAUAUGUCUUUCAUGAACCCUCCUCCAAGUGCGCUUGGCCCCAAUGACGCAUGCAUAUGGGGUCUUGCUCAGUCGCUUCCCACUCUUGCUCACCAAAGAGUUCAGCUCCUGGGAAACAUCCUUUGCAAAUCAACGUGUUCUUGAUUUUCAUGUGCGUAGAUUUCUGCUUUCAUCUUUCAUCUCCAAAGGAACGGAAAAACCUCUUUCCCCCACAACUGCCUCCUCCUCUUCUUGCAAACAGGCCUCACAGCAGCAGGAAGAUGAGAGGGAGCUGGGAAAAGGCUGGCAAUGUCACCUGGCUCUCAACGCUGCAAACACGGCAAAAUCCCAGGACUAUACCCCAGGAUACAAAAAACACUCUGGAAAGAGGUCGGCCGGCAUUCAGUGACGCAAACCCAGAAAAAGAGACAGGAAUCCAUUUCCAAAAGUUAAAACACGCUUUAUUUCUAAUAGAGUCUUCCCUUCAGAGUCCACCAGAGAACCUGUGGUGUUACUAUCCAUGGCAUGCGUUUGCCACCUCUCUCAUUCCUCUGCUGCUUUCCAUUCCCUCUCUCCUCCCUCUUUUCCUCCUUCUUUCCCUCUCCCCCCCCCUUUAGCUUUGCCCUGGGAGCAAAGAGGGGUCCUUCCCCCAGUCCUUGGGCUCUGAG